AUGUACCAACUGUUGCGUCGGGCCAGCCGCGAGCGUCAUCAGACCCGCAGCCUUCCAGGCUCCCGACCGGAGGUCAUGUUGCGCAAUGCGUUGGCGCCAGGGCCAAGCUGCCGGUGCCGGGACGAAGCUCAGCACACAGAGUUUAUCCUCAAAAGUGUGGCCAGAAUCAAUCAGACGAUGUAUGAGGACCAGAUGGUGGUGCCAGAGUGGUCCGCUGUGGUGACGCAUGAAGAACCAGACAUUGGAUUCAAGAGUGCUAUGUUCGAGACCCGUCACCGCACGACGGGCCACACAAUCAAGAUUCUGGCCAUACGUGGAACCGUCAUGGACUGGAACAGUGCCAGCUUCAUCCCUAACAUCCGUGAUGACUUCAAGCUGCUCUGGGGCCAAGAGCCGGAAGCUGCCCAGAUGUUUCCUCGCUUGAUUCGCCCAGAUCCGCUCUUUCGCCCUGAAGCAGAGAGGAUGGCCCUAGCAACCACCCACAGUCUGGGCCGCAGUACUGACUACAUGUCAUUCAUGGCUGCAGCAACAGAGCGAGCCUUGGCACGGCAGGAGGUACAGAGAGGCCACGAACCUAUGGAGUUUUACAUUACUGGCCAUUCCCUUGGCGCCUCAGCCGUCAGCAUUGGUGCCUUGAGAUUUGUUUUGAACACUCAUGGGCCAAUCAAUGGCGGCAAUUGCGUCAUUGUGAAUUUUGAGAGUCCUGGCAUCCCAGAUGCCAUUUGGCAGGACGUGGUUGCCAGAGCUGAUGUCGAGCUGGUGCAGUGCUUGCGACAUCAGACCAUGGAAUUCUUUGGGGCACCAAAUCCCAUCAACACCCUGCACCAACAGAAACUGGGAACCUGCCAGAUUCGCCUCAAAGUACCUCACAAUUUGGGCAAUCUGGCAUCAGUCGGCAUGUGUGCAUUGGCCAGUAUCGGACGAGGAGUCACCAUUGCGUCUGGAGUUGCGCUGGCAAGUGCUGCCAGCGCGGCUGCUGCAGGGGUAGCCUUGGCGAGCGAAGAGGUCGGGCUGCUGGGUGCCGGAGCGACCUUUGCUGCACUGGAUCGCUUGGUUGGAACCAUCAAUUUCGGCCGCUGGGUUCUGGCGCAGCACUCCAUCUCCAACUGCCAAGACACGCUAUGCAAGGCCCUUGAGAACCCUGAGCACUACGAACACAUCAUCGUAUGGCCGCAGUUUUGUGUUAUGAAGCUUUGUGGAUCGACUUUGUCGAGAUUGAAACCCUUUGAUCCCUGCAAUUUUGGGUUGCACAACCGGGAUCCAAACGUGGUAUGGGAAAAUCGAUUGAAGCAUCGACUUGGCUACAAGGGUGAGGCCCUACCUCAUCCUCUCAGAGAUUUGUGCAGCGAUGCACCUUCGAUCCACCACUGAGGGUGCGCGCUGUGAUUUGUGAUUUGAUAGGGCGCCCGUAUUUCUUGGCGUUGGGCGUUUGAAAUUUACUGAACGUGUAUAUGCAUGGAUGAUUUUAUUAUAUGAUAGUAG